AUGAUGCCGAUAUUUCUCACCGUGUUCCUGAGCAACAAUGACCAGCACUUCACCGAGGUGCCCAUCACGCCCGAGACGCUCUGCCGGGACGUGCUGGCGCUCUGCCGGGAGCCGGGCGAGGCCGACUGCUACCUGGCCGAGACCUGGAGAGGAGCAGAGCGCGUCGUCGGGGAGGCGGAGCAGAUGAUGGCGGUGCUGCAGCCGUGGGGGCAGCAGAGGGGGGAGGUCCGGUACCUGCUCCACCAUCAAAGAGCUCCAGGACCAGAGACUGAUGGAUCCAGAGCGUCCGAUCCGAAGCUGAAGAGGAACCAGGGGAGCGCUGCUGCAGAGAGACGUCUGGAGAACCAGGUCUCAGCUCCUCGUCUGGACGUGACCUUCAGUGAACUUCAGGAUCUGGUGACUCGACAGCAGCAGAUGCUGGCCUCCAAAGAGCAGCGGCUGCGCUCCCUGAAGCUGCAGGAGCAGCAGCAGCAGCAGGAGGCGUCUGAGCAGGAGCGACUGCAGCAGCUCCGAGAGAACGCACAGAACCAGGAGGCCAAGCUGCGGCGGGUCCGGGCCCUCAGGGGCCAAGUGGAGCAGAAACGCCUCAGCAACAGUAAACUCGUGGAGGAGGUGGAGCAGAUGACUGGUCUGUUCCAGCAGAAGCAGAGGGAGCUGCUGGUUGCGGUGGCCAGGCUGGAGGAGCUCAGUGACCAGCUGGAGGUGCUGAGGAGCCCUCGGAUGGAGCCACCCCCCCCACCUCCUCACCUCCAUACCACGGCCUCCUCCACCGGGGAGCUGGAGCUGCUCUGUAAAGAGCUGCAGCUGAGGAACAAACUGAACCAGGAGCAGAGCUCACGUCUGCAGCAGCAGAGAGACGGCCUGAACAAGAGGAACCUGGAGGUGGCGGCCAUGGACCGCCGGCUGGCCGAGCUCCGGCAGCGGCUGUGGAAGAAGAAGGCCGCCCUGCAGCAGAAGGAGAACCUGCCAGUGGUGUCAGAGGGCCACGCCCCCCAGCAUGGCGUGGGCUCCAGAGUGGCGGCAGUGGGGCCAUACAUUCAGCCGUCCUCCACAGCAGGCUCUCAGGGACCUCCGGUGCCGGCUCGCCAGGAGCCUUCGGUGAAGCCCACACCCGACUCGUCCCUGAAGCCGCCUCCCAGACCCGUCAAGCCGGCCGCAGGUUUCAGCUCCUCUCAAAUGAGCGACCGCUCAGACUGGAAGGCCAGAGCACUUCCUACAUCUAGCGGAGGUCACGGCCACGCCUCCACACUGCCUCGUGUGUCCAGCCUCAGCUACUGCAACUCAGGUGAUGAGACCCCCACAGGUCUCAGAGGACUUUGUGGAUCUGACAACCCGCCUCCUGUCCCAUCACGGACCAAUCACAGCACUGACACCCUGCUCAGGGACAAUCAGGCUUCAGGUAAAUGUUUGUCCCAGGUGACAGCGCCACCUCCUGUUCCCGGUAAGCCCACAUCGCUCUCUUCGUCCGGCCCACCAACCUUCUCCAGGCCCCCCUACAGCACCGGGACCUUCCCUGGUAAGGCUCGGCCGGUCGGCGGCCACCUCAGGGCUCCAGGCGUCCUCUCCAGCCACUGCAGUACACUCCCUCUGCCCAGCAAGCAGGAGAGCCCCCCCACCGCUGCCGUCCGGCCGUACACCCCCGACCUCUCAGACGGCCCUCUGCUGCAGAAGCCUCAGACGCUGGCGGCCUCAUCCAUCUACUCCAUGUACACCAAGCAGGCGUCUCUGGGGAAGGGCUACCAGCCAGGAGGCCAGGGCACGCUGCCCCGCAGCCAGCCCCGAGUGUACGGGAAGCCGGUCCUCCCGGCCAGCGGGGGGCAGCAGUCGGUCUCCUCAGACGACUCCGGCCUGAAUUCUGAUGCCUGUGUGUCUGAUGGGAGCGAGGCUGGUUGUCUGGGUAACGGCAAAGGGGUCAGUGGAGAGACGGCCGAACAAGCCACGCCCAGACCGCUCAGCCCCACCAAGCUCCUCCCCUUCCUGUCCAACCCUCACAGGAACCCCAGUGAUGCGGACCUCGAGGCCCUGCGGCGCCGGCUGCACCACGCCCCCCGGCCCCUGAAGAAGCGCAGCUCCAUCACGGAGCCCGAGGGCCCGGCCGGACCCAACAUCCAGAAGCUGCUCUACCAGAAGACCACUCUGGCUGCCAUGGAAACCAUUCCCUGCGAGACAGUCAGUCCAGCGGAGACAUGUGUCCAGCCUGGGGGACACAACCACCGGGGGGGCGGGCUGGAUGUCCAUGACAACACUGGGUUGAGCUUCAACCAAUUGCUCGCUGAGAGCCCUGAGGACUCCCUGACUCCGCCCCCUCUGCCCCCUCGCUCACCCAUCCCUGACCCCGCCUCUUGCUGCUCCCAGUGGCCCGCCCUGGAGGACAAGGAGGAGGAGCUGUGUCCGUCCUCAGUCCACCACGACCACUUUCCAGACGAGUUCCCCCCGUACCCCCCCCCACCAUACCCCAGCUGUGGGGAGACAGAGCAAGGAGACCACACCAGCAACCUGCAGCCGCCCGAGGUCAUGGGGCAGGAACCAGUUCCGCCGGGUAAGAGGUCUAUCCUCAGGAGAGUCGGAUCGGAGCGGGUGGACCCCACGCUGCGGGUGAAGUUCAACGCUCUGGCUCUUCUGCUGGACUGUUCUCUGGAGGGCGAGUACGACCUGGUCCAGAGGGUCAUCUUCAACGUGGACGACCCCAGCUCAGCCAACGACGAGGGCAUCACCGCGCUGCACAACGCCGUCUGCGCCGGACACACGGAUAUCGUCAAGUUCCUGGUUCAGUUCGGAGUCAACGUCAACGCUGCCGACAGCGACGGCUGGACUCCGCUCCACUGCGCUGCCUCGUGUAACAACGUUCAGGUCUGUAAGUUCCUGGUGGAGUCGGGGGGGGCCGUGUUCGCCACAACUUACAGCGACAUGCAAACUGCUGCCGACAAAUGUGAGGAAAUGGAGGACGGCUACCAGCAGUGCUCCCAGUUCCUCUAUGGCGUUCAGGAGAAGAUGGGCGUGAUGAACCGCGGCGUGGUGUACGCCCUGUGGGAUUACGAGCCCCAGAGGGACGAUGAGCUGGGCUUCACUGAGGGCGACUGCAUGACGGUGCUGAGACGGGAGGACGAGCUGGAGACGGACUGGUGGUGGGCACGAUGUGGAGAUGGAGAGGGCUACAUCCCCCGCAACCUCCUGGGGCUGUAUCUGAGGAUCAAACCGCGGCAGAGGAGCCUGGCGUGAACCUCCCAGGGACAAGUCCUCCAUGAGACGAGCAGCAAGGGACGUCCUCUGGACUCAGGAGUGUGUGUCCAAAAGAGACGGAUGUUUUUCAAUCUGCACAGUUUUACUUCUCCUCAACUCAUUUGUUCCAGUGGUUUUUCCUCUGACGUCCGAGAGCCUCAAAGGAAAUGAGAAAUUAUUUUUGGUCCAUUUUUUUAUAUUCUGUCUUUUUUCAAGAUUGAAUUUUUAUUUGAUUGAACAUUGACAUCAAAGGAAACUAUUUGAGCAAACGUCCCAAAGACUGAAACUACAAAGUCUCUUUUUUAAUUAUUUAAUUUUGUAUUUAUUAUUAAAAAUGUAAACCUUCUUUCACAGGAUCAACUAGUUUCACCCAGAAUGUAAUAAAAUAGCUAAAUUAUUAAAAGAUUAAUUUACGGGGUUGAUUUACCAAAAACAUGUUUCUAAUGCACCAGAACCGUUAAAUAUGAUAUGUGAGAUUUAAUUUCUACAAACACUGAAUGAAACUGAUUUAUUUUACUCGUCUCUGUUCUGCUUCAGUUGGUUUAACAUUAAAAUCUAAUGUUUGGCUUUUGUUUAGUUUCUUGUUUAAUUCUUUAACAUCGCUUAUGGUCUUUAUAUACAGUCACUGAUCCUCUUUAUAUAAAGUUCCACCGUUGUUAAAAUGUC